AUGGAGGGGGCACGAAGGCAUGGGGCGGGGAGGAAGGGCGGGCGGGAUGCUCCGCGUGGGCGGGUGUUCGAGGAGUGGCAGGGCAACGAGCGGUUCUUCUGCGGCGGGAGGUGCAUCGGCGGCCCGAACUGGAAGUCGCUGAUCGGGACCUCGUGCCUGAUUCUGCUGCCGCUGGCCGUGUACAUCCUGUUCGUUGGGGAGGUGCUGCGGGACGAGGUCAGUGUGGCGCUGCCCGCGGCGGGCGUGGGCCUGGGCGUGGCGGCCCUGUUCUUCCUGUUCAAGACGGGCUGCAUGGACCCCGGCAUUUUGCCGCGGCAGGAGCCGGACGAAGAGUACAGGGCCGGGCGCAAGCCCAAGAGCAAGGAGAUGAUCGUGAACGGCCACAAGGUGCUGGUGCGGUACAACGAGACCUGCCACUUCUACCAGCCCCCCCGGGCGCACCACUGCUCCGUGAACGACAACUGCAUCGAGAAGUUCGACCAUCACUGCCCCUGGGUGGGCACAACCAUCGGUCUGCGCAACUACCGCUUCUUCCUCAUGUUCAUCUUCACCGGCAGCCUGCUGUGCCUCUACGUUUGCGGCACGGCCGUCCUGGCCGUCAAGCUGGAGUACGACCAGCUGCGGGACGCGGCCCGCGAGGACGGCGAGGGCAAGCCCUCCGUGUGGGAGGCCCUCCAGGAGGCGCCCGCGGCAGUCGCGCUGGCCGCCUACACCGUCCUCUUCUUCCUGUUCGUGGGCGGAUUGUCGUUCUUCCACAUCUACCUGGUGUCCACCAACCAGACUACCUACGAGAACUUCCGCUACGGCUACGAGCGCGCACGCAACCCCUAUGACCAGGGCUGCGUGGCGAACUGGGCGUCGGUGUGGUGCAUCAAGACCCCCCAGUCCAAAAUCAACUUCCGGUCGCCGGUGGUGCCCAAGCGGCCGCCGCCUCCCAAUCCCGGCCUGCAGAUGAGCCGGUCGUCCAUGAGCUCCGGCUUCGCGUCGCCGGCGCACAGCAUGGCCUCCGCCAGCCGCAGCAACCGGCCGCACACCAGCCGCAGCCGGCAGUCCGGGCGGGCGCCCCGGGAGAUGACGAUGACGAUCGACGUGGAGAUGGGGCCGCUGGAGAUUCGGCAUGUGGACGAGGGCGGAGGUAAGCUCCAACAGAUGAGCCAGUACUCCAGCAGCGACAUGAAGCGCCACCGGGCAGCAGGCGCAUCUCUACCUCCUUCAAGGGCGAUGUCCCCUUCUGACUCGAAGGGGCAAGUGAAGAGAACCCGCCGUCCUGCCGUUAGCAGUCCAAUGGGCAGGGAGGUCUGA